AUGUUCUUGCUUCCAGGAAUCAAAAGUAUAUCUCAUAAAAUAAUCUACAGUGGCUUAUUAACGUAUUCUACAGUUAAAAUUGUUCGAAUACCCAAAACGACAAUAGCAUUAUUAAAUCGUGUAUUACAGUCUAUUGUUAUUACAUUUAUAGCAGUUUAUAUCAUAUGGUACAAAAAAGGUUACCAACAAAUUGAAGUUCCAAGGGGUAUUAGUAUAAUCAAAGUAAAAGGUUUAGCUAAAACAACUUUGAAUGAUACAUUAUAUUACAAUCGAACUGACAAUAAUCCAAUUAAAAGAGUUAACUUACAACAGUUAUGGGAUGUGGUUGAAUUCGAACUACCCCCUUUGGGUGGUUUGAUUGAAAUCGAACAAAUAUGGUCAUGCAAUUUUGAUUUUAAUGCAGACAGUUGUUAUCCUGAAUAUAAUUUUCGUCUACUACAAAGUGGCGAAGAAAAGAAUUCACCUGGAUUGAAUUACCGUUAUGCACAAAAAUAUUACUACAACGGAACUGAUUAUCGAACACUAGUCAAACUGUAUGGAAUACGAUUUAUAGUUACCGUAACUGGACAAGGUGGCCGAUUUGAUGCUAUGAAUUUAUUUCUUGCAAUAGGUUCUGGUAUUGGCUUUCUAGCUAUUACUUCGAUUAUUUGUGAUUUUAUACUUUUACAUAUUCAUCGAAAUCGUGAAAAAUUCAAUACUACAAAAUUUACGAUUUAUGCAUCAAAUGGUACAUCGGGUCUUCAACCACAUCAUUCUUCAUCGUUUUCUGCUUAG